ACGAACAGGAGGGAGGGAGACGAGAGAGAGCCAGAGGAGAGAGAGGAUUUUGCGAUUUUUUCCGAGACUACAAACGAAGAUGAGUGACAGGAAACGGAGUAAAGUUUGGACACAUUUUAACAUGUUAGACUCAUCAAAGGCAGAGUGUACACUUUGCAAAGUGAAAAUUUCAUAUCGAGCAGGGUCCACAAACAACCUGCACAGGCAUAUGAGAACCGUUCAUCCAACAGUGCAAUUAGAGGAGAAGAGACAAGUAAGGGAACCUGCUAUAAAUGAAUGUGUCUACUGCAACUGUUUCUGCUCCUACAACAUCUACAGCAUCAGCCAGUAUUCCACCACAACCACCUAGACCUACAUCCCAGAGCUCUAUGAGCCAGUUUUUGCAAAAGGCUAUAACCCCAGCAAAACAAAACUCAGUUGAUGAGGAACUGGCUAAAAUGAUUGCACGAGAUUUUCAGCCAUUUUCAAUCGUGGAAGACAAAGGAUUUAGAAGCUACACUCGUGCUCUCAAUCCAAUGUAUGCACUUCCAAGCAGGAAAACACUUUCUCAAAAAAUCUUCCCAGGCCUAUAUGACAAAGAACGUGCUUUACUCCUAGAAAGGGUCAAAAAAGCCACAGGUGUUUGUUUAACAACUGACUGCUGGACAUCCCGAACCACCACAUCCUACAUGUCAGUUACAUGCCACUUUAUUGAAAGGUACAAAAUGGUGUCAUGUCUACUGGAUUGUUUUGAGUUUAGUGACAGACACACGUCUGAGAACCUAGCAGAGCAGCUGCUCAAAGUGGCAAAAGAGUGGGAUGUGGAAAACAAAGUUGUGUGCUGUGUUAGUGACAAUGCUGCUAACAUAACAAAAGCAAUUAAAACCCUAAAAUGGACCCAUCACCCAUGUCUUGCACACACAAUUAAUUUGAUUGUAAGAGAUGCUCUGAAGGUGAUGAAGCCCACUGUGGACAAAGUUAAGGCAAUAGUGGAAUUCUUGCACAGGAGUGCAACAGCCACAGAGAAGCUCAAAUCAACCCAAGGACAGAUGGGCAUGCCUGAGCUGAAGCUGAAACAGGAGUGUGUUACAAGGUGGAACUCCACCUUCCAUAUGCUAAAACGGAUUCUGGACUCCAAAGAUGCAGUAAUCUCCACCCUGGCUGUUAUCAAUGCACAUGUUGAUCCUCUGUGCCAAGAGGAAUGGGAGGAACUGCAGGAGGCCUGCACUGUUCUGGAGCCAUUUGAGCAGGUCACUGUAGAGAUCGGUGCAGACAGCUAUGUUACAGCCUCUAAAAUGUUGAUCCUGUGCAAGGGUCUGCAGAGUGUGACAGCUGAUCACCAGACCAGAAUAACCAUGGGGAAAGUGAAGAAACCGCCAUUCUUGACCCAAGAUUCAAGAAGCUGGCCUUCACUGAAAAUAGUGCGGUGGAUGAAGCUCUUCAGAGAAUUAGUGCAGCAGCAGCAGCAAGAUCCAGCCAGUCAAGUCCACUGCCAAGGGGCCAAGAGGGAGAAGAGGCAGCAGAACCAGAACAGGAACCACAAGCAUCUGCUGUUUGGAGAUUCUUUGAGGAACGAGCAACUGGGGAAAGUACAAGGAAUCCAAUAG